UCGUCUUAUGCAAAGUUACCAUAUAGUCACAAAAAUCUUUCGCAUAAAGAAGUAAAACGUAAGAAUUUUCAUAUGCGUUUUUCGUCUGAAAAUCCGCAUUAAAAUAAUGUAAAAAGUGUGACUCGCGAUGCGUGCGGCAUAGAAGUCGGCACCCCCCAAAAACCGAAAUCCCGACCCCCCACACGCACACACACAUGCACAGACAGCGAUUGUUCAUAAAAUUUAAUUGAUUAAAAAGGCAGAGUGAAAAACAAAAGCGAACAAAACACCGGAAAGCAAAGGAAAAUUAAUAAAAAUCAAUAGAGCGGCGAGCGGGAGGCGAUAAAAAGUGUUAUCAGUGCGAAUUAAUUGGCUACAAAAAAGGAAAGGAGAAGGAGGCGGAGAGGAGCGGGAGCAGGAGGAGGAGGUUGCUCCGGAGAUUGAGGUUUAGGGAGCUCCAAAUCCGCAUCCCGGACGCGGAUCCGGAUCCCUCGCCAGUAUGUCCGUGCAGCAGUUCUGCCUGCGGUGGAACAACCACCAGCCGAACUUCAUCUCCGUGUGCUCCUCGCUGCUGCACAAUGGCACCCUGGUGGACGUCACCCUGGCAGCCGAGGGUCGGCAGCUGCAGGCCCACAAAAUCGUGCUGUCCGCCUGCAGUUCGUACUUUCAGGCUUUGUUCACAACAAAUCCGUGCCAACAUCCCAUUGUCAUCCUGAAGGACGUGCAGUACGAUGACCUAAAGACCAUGGUGGACUUCAUGUACUACGGCGAGGUCAAUGUGUCGCAGGAGCAGCUGCCGCACAUCCUCAAGACCGCCGAGAUGCUGAAGAUCAAAGGUCUAGCGGAGAUGCCAACGGAUCCGGCCAAUCUUACCAAGUCAGACAGCAAGUCCUCGACCGACGGCACCGAAUUGGUGGGCGGCGCAGGAGUGGGCACUGGAGCGGGCAACUCGGCUGGAAGCCUUGGGGCUGCCAGUGGAAGCAGCGUGGGGGACUCCCUGUGGAGCAGCAGCGAGGCCCAGCAGUUCCAGCAGCAGCAGCAACAGCAGGCCCAGCAACAGGCACAGCAGCAGCACCAUCACCACCAGCAGCAGCAGCAGUUGCAGCAGCAACAGCAACAGGCCCAGCAGCAGCAACAACAGCAGCAGCACCAUCACCACCACCAUCAGCAACAGCAGGGCGGACAGGCGCAGGCGGCGCAGACGCAUCAUCACCAGAUGCGACGUACGCCGUCACCUUUGAGCGCUGGAACAUCGCCGGCCACCAGGCGCAAGCGCUUGCGCAAAUCCUCGAAUAACGGCUCAGGCGAUCGCAACAAUGCAGAAGAGCAGCACAACAGCUCCCUGGACGCAGGCAGUGGUGCGGGCAACGCCGGUCUCAGUCUCGCCCAGAUGAACCAGAUGACAUUUGGUGCGGGCGGCGGUUUGGCCGGCCACUCAUUGCACGCUGCCAAGCUGCUUAAGGAGUCGGCCAGCGCUGAGCUGGACCAGCAGCCGCAGGACUCGGAUCUGGACGAUGGACACGGACACUUACACAUGCAAAUUAAGCCCGAAGUGGACAUUGGUGGAGUGAACCAAACGAUGCCCUUGGAUAUCUCUGGCGGCACUACACCAUCCGAGCACGACGCGCCGAACUCCCAGUCCUCGCACUCGGAACCCAGUCCGGCGCAUGCUCCUCAUCCGCCACAUCCUCCUUUGGCGGCCGCCAGCAGCAGCAGCGGUGGCAGCGGCAGCUUUGAGCGCUCCUUCAGCAUCGGAGGCGUGGGAUCCGGCGAAUGUGAUCCAGAUGGCACGCCCAGUUCGCCCGCCGUGAUGGGCACCAAGCGCAACAGGGUGCUCACCCGCCAGCCGAGGGUGAAGCGGGACAGCGACAGCAUCUCGUCCACGAAUCAGAUAUCCCCGGAUACGGCUGCCACGACGCUCGACUUUGAUCCGUUCAAUGCUGCGGGUGCCACGAGUGCUACGGCCAGAGAUUACUCUACCACGGGCUCGCAUCAUCUGCACCACCAGCCAGCUGUGCACCACCAUCAUCACCUGCUAACCGUUCCACCGCGGAUCGAGCGCCAUGCCUCUGAACCAGCGCCCAGUUUGGGCCCCUCCACGCCGCACCUGCUCAGCGUGCCGUCCAGCACUCCCUAUCUCAUCAAGCAGCACUCGGAUCCGCUGCUGCCUCGCCAGUCCGCCCUGCACAUUGCCGGAUCCGGUUCUGGAUCCAGUACUGCAAUGGCAACUGGCAGCAAUCCGUUUGCCCCGCUGCACCGCCAAUACUCGCAUCCGUUGUCGGGUUCAAAUGCCAGCUAUGUCACUCCGGCGCCGCUUCACCAUCCGCACCACAUCUCACUGCCCGAGUCCAUCUACGCCUCGGGGUCCCCGCCGCCGGCCGGCUCCUCGCAAUACCUGGUGCCCACACGCGUGCUGGCCUGUCCAGUGGUUUCUAGUGAAACAGCGGCCACGCCCACAAAUGCCAGUCCCGGCUCCUCGUCGACAGUGUCGGCGGCCGUGUCUGUGGUUACCUCGCCGAAUUCGGGGCUCCAGAACAGCGCUAGUAGGCAUCCGUUGUCGCCCACGUUCUCCAUUGGCUCGGAUGUGGCACACGAGCGAAGGUCUCCGCACUCGCCCUCCAUCAGCAGAUCGCACGUCGUGGAGCGGGCAGUAAAGAAUCCAGCAGAGGCCGCCAACGGAGGUGGUUCGAGGCUGCGGACUUCCAAGUCUGCCUCGGGCUCCAUCAGUGGCACCCAUCUGCAUCCCGGCCAGGCCACCAUGAGCAGUUCGUUUGAGCAUUUGCCAACGCUGCGUGUCAAGAACGAGGAACUGCAGCGAUCGGUGUCUUCACCCCAGACCCAACGGGAGAUCAUCACUCUCGAGAAUCCGCGUUCUAGUCAUUGUCCGGUCAUUCGACCGGGUCCGGCGCUGGGCUGCAACUUCUGUUGGAACACCAUCGACGGGCAUGGACGCAUUUUGCGCCGCAAAACGAAAUACCAUUGCCCGGAGUGCCAGACGAAUUUGUGCAUUGUGCCCUGCUUCCAGGAGUAUCACGAGCGGCUCAACAAUGAGGCGGCCGCUGCAUCCAGUGGAGCGACAGCGGGCGACAAUCAGGCGAGCAGCAGCACGACGGGAUCGGGAAGCAGCAGCAGUGGCAAGGCGUCGCCAUACGUUUCCUCUGCCGGCAGUAGCAGCAGUGGAGCAGGUGCAGCUCGUCAUUAUACCAAGACGGAAUCGAUAUAAUCUGGAGCUGUCGUGGUCAAGCCCGUAUAUUUGUAUUUGUGACAGGACGGCCGCCGAGAGGAUGACCUCCACCAGACUAGAAGCCACGCAUUGCACGGCCUUCUUUUUGGAACAUGGUCGAAAACGCGGUCGUCUGUCGAAUUUGUUUUUUUGUCAGCAGGAAGCGCGAAAAACGCGCGCUCACGACCUGCACCAAAAUUUUCAUUUGUUGUCCCAGUCCCACUGUGCAUCCGGCCCGGAGUCCGGGCACAUGGACGGACUGCCGGAGAGGGCGCCAUGUGGCGCCGGAGAUUUGUUUUUUGAGCCGUGCCCAGAUGCACGCAGCCAUUGUAAAGUAACGAAAACCUUUUGGACCACUCCGCUGGAAUGAAUGCGGGGUGAAUACUUUUUUAAAUCGCUAAAUGUAAUACUAUGUUUAUGUGUGUGUACCAAUGUACUAUAUAUAUAUAUAUAUAUGUAUGUGUAUGUUCUUGUACAAAAAAAAAACGAACGAAAAAUCUAACAAAAAAUAAAACGUUGACGACGGUGCAGCCAGGCAGCCAAGUGUAUCAAACUUCUGAAGCUCGAAUUACGAUUAGGUUUUCAACAAGUACAACUAUCAACUAUCACUACCCCAAUCCGCUCCGGCUUAAACUUAAGUACGUCCUUGCACCUCUACUUUCGCCGGGCACCGCUGCGCAGGCGCACGAAUUGUCAAGAGGCCCACACUUGUUUUACUUAACGUUUUAUAUCUAUGUAUGUAUGUAUGUGCACAUGGCCUUUAAGAAGGUUUACGGAUGUGCUAGAUCCGGGAAAUUCGUAUUCGUUUAACUCUGAGUGUAAACUACCAUAUAUGUAAACAAGACGGAUAUCAAUAAAUACUUGUGACCCUCUGGUUUGAUA